AAAAAGUUUUUAAUAUUAAAUAUAAAGUAAUAAAUAAUUUUCACAAAAAUUAAAUGCCUUUUGUCUGAAACAAAUAUUUUUCAAAAUAUAAUCAGACAUACAUUUUUCGACAAUAACUGUGCGCCCACACCGAACAUGGAGUCAUUAUCCGUAACUAAUCUACAAGUGUUUGACUUAGAGGACAGUUAUGUGUCGCCGAAAAACGGCAAAACCUUGCGUUACAUCAAAUCGCCGGACGAUAAUAACAACCAUAAGAAACACAGAUUUAAUCUCAAACUAAAUUUCGGUAACUUUUACGCCAAAAACAAGUACAGUAUCGCCCGCAACGACUCGGGCUAUAUAUCCGGUAACACCAGCGCCGAGACGGUCUUCUCCAUCGACAACAAUAACUACAUUUCCUUCAGACAUAACCCGGCGGUUGUCUCCCCUGAGCAGCGCCGACACCACUACCAGAGCUCCCAAUCCCUGUACGACAGAAGUCCAGUGGACUUGUCCGACGUUUUCGGGCUGAGUCUCAAGUGUCUGACGCCGGCCUCUGGAACGCCUGUCCGCCGGAAAGAGUCACACAAUUGUAGUAAUAAUCAUAACAACAAUAAUAACUAUUUAGACAAAAACCGCAACUUUUUGUCGCUUCCGUCACAAACAGAACUCAAGUUAAGUAAAGAAUAUUCUGUACAGAAUUUAAGCCAAAUAUCGCGCAAUGGUUGGGCGGCCACACCUACCCCUAUCAUACACGACAAGUACGAGAACCGCACGUGGGAUGGCAUACACGAGUUGGCCGACCGGGCGUUGAGUGUGUGGGUGCGGGCGCCUACCGGUGCUCGCGAUCGGCGCCGGUGUAGCCGAAAGUUUGCCUACUUUGAGCCCAAUCUGGACACGAAGUACAGCCUAAUGCUGAACCAGAACCUCCUGUGCCAACCCAUACGCCGGCACACCAGCGAACUGAACCUCCGGAAACUGGUGGUCGACUCGGGCGACCUGUUCGCCGACGACCAACAACUGCAGCACCAGUACCUGCCGGACAUUCAGGACAUUCAGACGGGCGCCGACAUGUUCGCCAACAACUCGAUAGAGCGGCAGCUGGAAAGGGAUGUGAAGAACCGGGUGGCCGAAGACAUGUACAAACUGUUUGUCGAUUUGCAUGAGUUCCGCAUCAACGACGUGGACAUCGAUAGAGUCAGCGAUAAUAUAUGCAAAAUAGACCGAUACCUCAUGUCUAGGAUACGGGCCCGCGAUUUGGCCAACUAUUUGUUUAGCAAUACCUGUUGUGGCUGUCGGUUGAGCUCCCUCUGCUCUGUCGUCCAGUUUAGUCAGGCGUUGGCCGAUAUUAUCGUUGAGUGUAUUGAUGGCAAGAUUGCCGCCUACCAGCGCCAGGCCUACAUCAUAGCCUUUAUUAAGCUAUCAAUGAGUUUAUACCAGAAGUCCAAUUGGCAAUCAUUGUCCACAUUAAUGGCUGCCCUCCAGUCCCCCAAAAUCUACCGGAUGUCCAUCGAAUGGCAGCAAAUAAGACAAAAUCAAAAGCAUUAUUACGAUGAAUACAUAAAACUGGCGGCUAUUGUCCGGUCCGGUGAGACGUCGCUCAUGUAUACCUUACCCAAAGGCAUACCAGCCCUCAAGAACCUGCUGCUAACCCAAAAGCUAAACUGUAUGUCCCGUUGGGAUCGCAUUGAGUGGCCGGCAAAGUGGACACAACAUCCCGGUAUCAUCACGUGGUUGGAACGGGAGCUCAAACACAGUAUCAAAACUACGCUCAUUAAUAAGUAUCAGACGAUAGAGGACAUGGAUGUCGGCGGUGACAAACAGCCGAAGCAAUUGAUAUGUUUAAUACCGAUGAGCAAAAUGCCUGACAAUUGGUUGAGUCGGUCGCUCAAGAAUAUUCCUCUGGAGUAUAGGCCACAGAUUCUCGAGUUUUUGGUGCAGAGGUGUAAGGAUUCAUAG